AUGAAAAGUGCACGAGAUCGUGACUAUAUACCUGUAAAUACAAAUGUUGAUGAACAAACAACUACACUAUCAUUUAAACCUCAUAUAACUCAACGUUUAACUCUACUUGAACAUCCAAAAACCUCUCUUGAUCAUGAAAUACUUCAUACAUUAAGAGAAUCCUAUGAUGAUCGUUCAUCGCCAACCUCACGGCCAGGAGCAAUGAGUAAUCUUGAUUAUGCUCUUUGGCUUGAAGCUGGUAAACAUUCACAUAAGUCAACAUAUGCGAAAAGUCUUGAUGGAAAACCACCGAUUAAUUACAAUAUAUGGAGAAACUAUCGUCAUUAUUAUGCAGGUGUAAAUAGUAACAGUGCACGUCGUGCCAAUGGCCAAUCGCGAUUAAAUGAAGACGCAGCAUUUAAAUAUCCAAUUAUUAUUCCAGCACCGUCACAACUUGGUGAAAAUCAUUUAAGACAAUAUUUUGAAGCCAAUAAGAAACAACUUUUUCAAAGUCAAUCUCAUUUUCGAAUGGCACUUAUUAAAGCCGAUAAUGAUGAAAGAAUGUUACGUAUGUUAAGUUUGAAAAGUCAGCAACGAAAUCCACCUGUGUCGUCAGAUAUUGCUGAACCAUCUCGUCUAUCAAAUUCUUCCGCUAUACAUAAACAAUCUUCAGCAUCAACCGUUCGCAGUCGUCAUCCACCACCACAAAACUCUCUAAAUGUUUCGCCAGAAUUUCAACCACGAUACAAAUACGGUAGCGGUAAAAAAUUCGUCAUGAGAGAUAAUCAUCCAUCGAUGGAAAAAUUAAAAUUUGAACAAGAACUUAAAAUGGCUAUUAGUUUUCAUCGUGAGCUCAAACGAACAAAGGAAGGCAACGAAAAAAGUCUCUAUGCUCGUCAUCAACCGGUUUAA